CUAGGAAUGUAUGACAUUUCGAACAUGUGAUCACCUUACUGAGGAGGACUCUGAAAAAAAGUUUAAAUGUAAUUGCGUUUAAUUAUUGGUAAAGUGAAUUUUGUUCGUGUUUUCGGAAAAAUGGGAAGUAAUUCAUUGCUCGUCAAGGCAGCCUUCACAGCAGUGGUACAUGUUUUGGGUCUUCUGACUUCAUCACAGAUGAUACUCGAUGAUCGGUUACCUUUCUGUGAUCCGUCGGCUAAUAUCACGUCUGAAUGUUGCCUACAGUACGACUACAACGCCACCUGCAACAACACUGGUCUGGAAGGGCAGCUAACUCUUAAUUUAACGGAAAUGCUCCCGACGUGUGGUUUUUCAAAUGACACGACGUCAUCUGAGGAAGUGUCACGUGAUUAUACGGUUGUGUGUGUAACAGCGUGUCCGUUGAAGUAUUACAAAGAUGGCGGACAUUGUAAAAGAUGUGAUGGCAUUUGUGAGAGCUGUACAGGUCCUGGGAUCAGAGAUAAUUGUACAUGCUCCUUGCGGCAUAAUGGCAACUGCGUACAGAAAUGCGAUGAAGGAUUUUAUAUCGACGGUGACAGUUGCGUUAAAUGUGAUAACGCGUGCAAAACUUGCAAUGCUUCCGGUCGUGGAAUUGAUACUUGCAAUUGUAAGUUUGAACUUAAUGGCACGUGUUUUGAUUCCUGUCUUCCAAAUAUGACUCGGUGUGAUGACGACGGAGACGACAACAUCACAGUUAUCAUCGCUGCUGCUGUUGGAGGUGGAGUAGGGGUUAUUAUAAUCGUCGUCAUACUGAUUGUAGUUGUCAAAUGUUGUCGAUGCCGCAAAAGGAAAUCCAAAUCACGUAUGAGUACCAUUAUUGAAAACAGAGGUGCAGCUAAAGACGACGGCAACGAGGAGGGGGAGGAAGAAAUGGGCAUCAGACUUCCGAAGCAAGUAAAAGGGAGAAAACCAGGCAAAUACGAGAACGUCACAGUACUAGGUGGCGCUGUAUCGACUGAAGCUCAACAAACCCAAGACAAAAUGACAAGAUAUGCAAAGGAUCCGACUCUUCCACGAGGGAGAAAUCUCGGGGAUCAGCCAGAAAACCGUGAUUCGGCUUUGUACUCUAACGCGGAUGCUAUUAAGCUCAACCGAAACUUAUUAAAAGGCGAAAACAAGGAACAGAAGGGAGUAUUCAAGAAGUUAAAAAAAUCUCUGAAGAAAAAGAGUUCGAAAAAGAAGGAAGACACUUCUGAAAGUAAGUUCGAUGUGACAAAUCCUGGUUUCAGCGAUGGAGCUUCUAGUGUAGGUGGAGAGCUUUAUUGUGAUAUGUCUGGAAAAGUUCAGGACGAUUCGGAAUUGGACGACUAUGUGGAUCUUAACCCUAAAAAGGACGAUGAACCACUGGAUGAUUAUGAAAAUGUUACAAAAAAAGUCAAGAAACCAGAUGGUGUUGGACCACAAGAAAAAAAUAAAAAUUUCCGCACUACAGAUGAUGAACCCCAAGAUGAAUAUGAAAAUUUUGGAAAUACCUCUAGAGGUACUGUUAUAGAUGAUGAACCACAAGAUGAAUAUGAAAAUUUUGGAAGUACCUCUAGAGGUACUGUUAUAGAUGAUGAACCCCAAGACGAAUAUGAAAAUUUCAACAGUGCAAACGCACACAUGGACGAUUCGCCGUACAUUAAUGUUCAACAUUUUCGUAAGGAAAAGUGAAAUGCUGCAUAACUGGAGAGCUCGAUCCAAAGACAGGGUGCUAUGUUUGUUCUUUCAUACUGUAAACAUGAUAUGCCAUUUGGAUUUGUGCUGUGCAUUCGCCAGUCGCAGUGGUCAUUUCUUUAAAGACAUAAAGUGCUAUUAAUACAAGACAACACUCUAGUACUAUUUUCACCAGUAUUUCUGUAUUGGUGCAUAGUGUCAA